GGCUGCUUUAAAGCAUAAUAAGAAGAAAGACAUGCAGUCUCUUUUCAUGGAAUUAGACGAAUGUGAUUCAACUAACGUAGAAGAGAUGGAAAACCGUUGUAUAUUCGCGUCCCUACCGCAUGUAUUGGGCGAGAAAAAGUCGAAGUCCAUAGCUAUAGGUGAAUUGUUUUGGAAAAUUGUUGACAUAACAGAAGGCGCAACAAAUAUUACGAAAGUUAUCGAGCAAAGCUCUACACCCAGGUUGGUGUCCGCUGGAACAGUUUUAAAUGUGGAGUCGCUGUGUUUAGCUGCUGAAGGCAUGGUCGUGUGCAAAUUUGGUCCGGUGAAUGCAAUUCUGAACGCGGUUGUUACGUUACUUGCAAGUUUCUAUGUUUUUAAUGCCAGCUAUCCAGGUGGAUUACCCAAGAAUAUUUUCACAUUCCUGGAGCAUGUGCUAGAACUAAAUACAACACAUAGCUCAUUGCCCAUUGCGGUUGACAAUUUUAUGUCAGAAAUUAAUUAAGACAUUUUGUGACAUUUGUUAUGGCCUACUGCUGCAUGUGUUUAAAAUUCUUUUUAAAAGUCUGU